UUCCGAGGCGCUUUCCAACUUCCAAUUUCGCACUACUACAUCACAACAUCCUCUUACAUUGCGCAAGAGCCAAUCCCACCCCCUGCACUUCCACUUCUCCUACAUCCAGUUCUUCUAGCGCUACCUUCACUUCCGAAUAUGGUAGCAUUGUCAACUCUAUACAAUACACAGUAUCUCGGGCACUCCACUCAUUAUCAUUCCCUGUUUUCUCCCUCUCAUUCCCGACCCGCUACCACAUGGCGUGUCAGCUUAUCCUACGGAAGCUCGUAUUACCCUCCGACUAUUGAGUCUAGCUGUGGCCCCUAGAAUCAGAAUCCGUUGGCAAUCCACUAACCAGAUCGAGUCGGAAGAUCGACGUCGCGUGAGUGAGCGUCAUAUCCUAUUUUUCACUGCCGGGUUUCCGAGCUUCUUAGCUGACGGUGUACAUGACUCGUGGUUAUAUUCUCCUGAGGCUCCCGGUACAAAAACCGGGAGUUGGCCGCCGCUAACCCAAGUCACGGAGGUUGUAGUUUAACGCGUGGAGACUCCGCCGGGGUCCCAGAAUGGACGGGUGUUGGCGCCUUUGGCUGGCGGCCUGUGGCCUAUGCUGGCCUAUGCGUCUCGGGGCUCAGCGGAGUGCGUCGCAUUUCCCCAUCUCAAUCCCCUUAUCGGCUGGAUCUACCUCGUAUCUGUGGAUGACGCUGGAUUCGGGUCAGACCUAGACGGAAGCAUCGCGCAAUAUCCGCACCGUCGACUCAGAAUCUAUUUCCAGGAGGCCCGGUCCACUGUGGCACAAGCGAUACUCGCGUGAAUUAACCGGCCCCAGGAACCACGUUUCCUUCAGAAAUUGAUGGACCGUGGAGUCUGGAUUCAUAAUUGCAGAAUGUCUGAGUGGGCGGGUG